GAAGGCGUGUAGGAAAGAAAAGCGAACGCAGUCAAGAGCUUUGGCUUGCGGAGAACGUGGUUAGGAAGUGUUUGCUUGUGGCUGAACCCAGAGUGGGUCCAGUAACCUUUGCCUUCCACUGGGUGGAGUAGGGCCUUUAAGAGCAGCUGGAAUGCAGUUCUCCUGAUCAGCUUAGCCGGUUAUUCCCUGCUUGAACCUCUGCUAGCCCUGGAGAACAGUGUCCGGUUCAGACCAACGGACCUCCCGCGCUCUGCAGUCACCACAGCCCACUUCUUGCCUGAGCGAGAAACUUUGCAGCAGGGGAAGUAGGCUCCCAUCUGCGCAGCCAUGGGAGAGGACGCUGUACAAGCCGAAAAGUCCCAGCACCCAAAUGCGGACGCGCGCCAGGAGAAGCCAUCCAGCCCCAGCCCAAUGCCUUCCUCCACACCAAGCCCCAGCCUGAACCUGGGCUCCACAGAUGAGGCCAUCCGGGACAACUCGCAGGUGAAUGCUGUGACCGUGCACACACUCCUGGACAAGCUCGUCAACAUGCUGGACACCGUGAGGGAGAACCAGCACAACAUGGAGCAGCGGCAGAUCAACCUGGAGGGCUCCGUGAAGGGCAUCCAGAACGACCUCACCAAGCUCUCCAAGUACCAGGCCUCCACCAGCAACACCGUGAACAAGCUGCUGGAGAAGUCUCGCAAGGUCAGCGCUCACACGCGUGCCGUCCGCGAGCGCCUGGAGAGGCAGUGCGUACAGGUGAAGAGAUUGGAAAACAACCACGCCCAGCUCCUCCGCCGCAACCACUUCAAAGUGCUCAUCUUCCAGGAAGAAAGUGAGAUCCCUGCCAGUGUGUUUGUGAAGGAGCCGGUUCCCGCUCCUGCGGAAGGCAAGGAGGAGUUUGCUGAGGAGAAUAAGUCCCUGGAGGAGACCCUGCACAACGUGGAACUCUCCUCCGAUGACGAAUUGCCCUGUGAUGAGGAAGGCCUGGAAGACAGCGCUGACGAGAAGCUGGAAGAAAGCAGGGCAGAGAAAAUAAAGAGAUCCAGCCUGCGGAAAGUGGAUAGUCUCAAGAAAGCCUUUUCUCGCCAGAAUAUCGAGAAAAAGAUGAACAAGCUGGGCACAAAGAUCGUAUCUGUUGAGAGGAGGGAAAAGAUUAAGAAAUCACUCGCAUCCACCCACCAGAAAGCCUCUUCGGGGAUAAGCUCCUCUUUCAAGGUUUCUCCCCUGUCCUUCGGGAGGAAGAAAGUCCGAGAGGGAGAAAGCUCUGCAGAAAAUGAGACCAAGUUGGACGACCAGAGCUCCUUCACAGAGGGUGUUUCCGAAGCCUCCCUCCCCAGCGGCAGCGCGGAAGAUGGUGAGAAGCCAGCUUUGAAGGGGAACAGCUCCGGCGUGGGCAGCAAUGCUGACCUGACCAUUGCGGAGGAUGAAGAGGGGGAGUCGGUGGAUCUGCAGCAGGCACAGCAGGUGUAUGAUGAGAGUGGUUACAUGCUCGACUCCGAAGACAUGGAAGGAUCCGGUGAGAAACAGGUCCAACCGGCCGUGCUGCAGGUGGACCAGACUGCCUGAGUGCACGUCCACCCAGCACACGGGGCCAGCUGCAGAACCCAGCGCUGGCUCAGGGGCAUCCGCAUCCCCAAAACCACCUCUGCACCUCUCCAUCUCUUCCUGCUCCCGGCUGUGACUGUCCAGGCCAUAAUCACUGGUCAUGCCCUCAGACAUACAUGGACUCAAGGAAACAAAACGCCAGGAGUUCCACUUUUAAUUUGCUCUUAAGUUCUGUUUCUGUAGAAUUCCUCCAAGUUUGGAAUAAGAAAGGGAUAGAACAAUUAAUAAACACCAAUCUAUUUGGCUUAGUCAGGAAAACUAAAGUAGAUUUAAGACAGUAGUCAUGAAAUGUGAUUUUUUUUUGUCAUUCUAUCAGCUUGCUGAAUUGUAUGUAGCAGUAACAUAGUGAUUUCUCACCAUGGUCUAUGAAUGAUUAUUCUUCAGAUAUGUGACCUAGAAUACACGUAAGUCUGUACACUGAAAAUGUAACUCUGUAUUUUAAGAAAAAAAAAUAUUUACAAAAGAUAGAGCGCAAUGCUCAGCUGAUUAUUCUCUUAUAGGAACCUUGUUCAUUCAUUACACGUGGAGGGAUUGGACCGCUGUGAUGGUCAGGUAAGGGCAUGGGGACCAGUAAGCUAAGAACCUAGGGUGACGCGGUCGGAACACGAGAAAUGGAAUACAAAGGAGACCAAAAGGAAGGAUGCUGCAGUGAAAAAAAGGAUGUACUCAAAAAUGAAGUAUUGACAUUUUAAAUCUAUUUUACUCUUUAAUAACAAUACUACAGAGGCUCAUCUAUCUUACAAGGAUAUGUCUUAGCUUCCUACUCUAGUAUUAUAUGCUCUAACCAUAUAUUCUGGUAUAGAAGUCCUAGUUCUUCUUGCUAAGUGAAUGGCGGUGCACAUCCUCUGUGAAGACAUUCAAAAGGAUGCUGUCUCCUCGGAAUAACGCAAGUCUGAAAUAAAUAGCAUGUGCUGUUUUGCGGGGAGGCCAGUCACAUAAUCCUUUAAUAUUUUUUCCAUUCUGAAGUGACCUUUCCACUCCAAAUAUGAUAUAGGUUGAUAAGGUAUUCAAACUUGCAUGUGUCAGAAGAGAAAAUUCCAGUUUUUCUUUUUAUAUACAUAAUGGUAAUGUCAUUCCAGGUAAUAGUUUAUUUAUACAUUAAUUUUGCAGGAUACUAAUGUGUUGUUUUAGCUUCUAGCUAGUAUUUUAUGCCAUGUGUUUGUUCAUUCUGCCUAACAUACUAAAAGGUUGCCUUAACUAUUUUUCAUUACAAAAUGCCAACAUUUUGCUAAGUUACACUGUAAAGAUAGGAGGCCCCGGGCUUGAAUUCUCUGCUCUCGGUCUGCAGGGCAGCUGACCUGACUGACUGACUGACAGCUAGAGAUGACCCCAGCGACCUGGCAGGAGGAGGUGACUCCAAGCAGCAGUCACAAGCUGCCUCUGAUUGCAAGGGACAAGACGGAAACAGUGGGUUGAUGGUGUAACCUCUUCAGCUCUGCUCCUAUGCUGCGGUGGAUGUAACCCCCAAAUACUGACUUGUUGAACUAACAAUGCCUGUGUGAAAUAAGAUCCAAUAAACCAAAAAAUAAAAAGU